UAGAUCAGACAUGUUUGGAUACCAAUGAGGCUUUUUUCAAACCAGGCAAGUUGUUUCUCGAUCCAUUGGCCAGGGAGAUGGCUGACGAGGAAGAGAGUUUCGCUUCAUACUCUACACUCUGGGAAUAUAAAUGGGGGAAAACCCGUGGUUUCUUCAGAGACCCAACGGUUAUAAGUUCAAUGCAGUUUACACACUACACGCCUGGACGCGAGCCAUACAGCAUGGAGUGUAACACCCUGGAAACCUUGCAGAUCAUCUCCAUCAAACUCACUGAACUUUCUGAUGGCCUUGAGUUGCCAUUGUCUGUGUAUGGUGUGGUUGCGGUCCGAGACAUGGUGGAUCGCAAGCGAAACAUGCUCUUCUCUCGAGAUAUGAGCGACCCCCAAGAACUGAAACAGAAUGAUCCUUUUCUGCACUUGACUGGGCCGUCACGUGCAAUCGUGUUCAAGGACAAGGUUUGCAUUGAAAUCGAACUAAGAGUAAAAAGCGGGGCAUACUCUCAAGAUAAAGCGUUGAUCAGUUGUGUGCGCCGUUACACGGGAGAAAACGGUCCUGGGGUGUCUACCAUCUGCUUCAAGAAUAGCUUGUGCACCGUAGAGGUGUGCUUGCAGCCAGUUAAACAAACGGUUCAGGCCACUAUCUUGGGUGUCCAGGUUGCAAGCGAAGAUGGAUCCUGGCCUUUAGAACAUGGCGGCAUAGUUGCUUGCUCCCCACAAUUAGGGGAACGUGUGUUGAGUGAUAGUGGAUACACCCGUAGGAUUAUUCCCUCAUCCAGCCAGAUUGUGCUGAUUGAGUCGGGAGAUGAAGCAAUGCCGAAAGGUGAAAGUGGUCAUGUACUUCUGCGGAGGCAAGUUGUUUCUGUACAACUUGAUGGAAGGUUGGACAUUCUCAUAAAAGCCUACUCCAAAUCUGGUGCUAUUUCUGCAGAAACUCUUGUUAGUUUCUAUCCCAAAGUUUGCAACGUAAGCCAGAAGAAAUGUUACCUUGGUGAUGCUGGGGUAACUAUUACUGUUGCUUGGUCCCUUGUUGCGGCGGACAAGACGGGACUUUAUUUCGAGCUAAGGGGCGGAAGCACUUUUUGAAGCUUGCAGCUAGGAAGAUUUCAGUGUGACAUGUUGGAGUUUGGCUGUAUUUCCGAAUCAGCAAGCUUUGAAAUUUGUCCUACUGUAUCAACGACUAUAACUUAUGCCGCCAUCCAUGUAUUGCGUAUUGACAGCUGUUGUUGUG